CUCAUCGGUUUGUUAUCCCUUCUUCUCUUUCUCUUCACAUUCUACAGCAGCUGGACUGACAUCGUGUUCGUUCCAGAACCGGAUAUUUUUCUCGCGAAACCCUCGAACAAAGUGCUGAAACAAUGGCUUUUGGAGACGUUAAGACUGCCAAGGGAUUGGAGGAGCUGAAUAACUUUCUAGCCGACCACAGUUACGUAGAGGGAUAUGUUCCUUCGAAGGCUGAUUUGUCAGUGUUUGAAGCGCUGGGAAAAGCACCAGCAGGAAAUAAUGUCCAUGUCCAGCGCUGGUAUCGUCACAUUGCCUCGUUCAACGCUCAGGAGCGUGCUGCCUGGGGUGGUCAGGCACUCCCGCAAGUCGCCGGUGCCAAAACAACGGUAGCUGCCUCUGCUCCAGCUGCUGCUGCCGACGAUGAUGACGAUGUCGAUCUGUUUGGAUCGGAAGAUGAGGAAGAAAGCGCAGAAGCUGCCAAACUGAAGGAAGAGCGUUUGGCUGCCUACAACGCGAAGAAAUCCAAGAAACCGGUCCUGAUCGCCAAGAGCUCCAUCAUUCUCGAUGUGAAACCCUGGGACGAUGAGACUGACAUGAAAGCGAUGGAAACUUCGGUGCGCAGCAUCGAGAUGGACGGUUUGCUGUGGGGCGCCGCCAAGCUGGUCCCAGUUGGUUACGGUAUAAACAAGCUUCAGAUCUGUUGUGUCAUCGAGGACGAUAAAGUUUCCGUAGAUGAACUUCAGGAAAAGAUUCAGGAGUUCGAAGACUUCGUACAGUCGGUUGACAUUGCUGCCUUCAAUAAGAUCUAAGAUCAAAACCGGCAGCUUCGUUCGUUGACUAAACGAUGAGUGUCGAUUGCAAUGUUAAAUGCUCUGUUUUUACUAACGCCAAUAAAGAUUCAAUGUAACUAAUGAA